AUGUUUGCACACAACAUGUCGUGGGUACAGUACCCCAGCCUUGUGUCCCCAGACGUUGAAGAUGUCAUCGCUGCACAGAGCAUCACUUCCAGGCUCACACAGGUGUACCUGGCUCUGCUCGCCCCUCUGGGCUUGGCAAGCGGGGUAUUUAACUUAGCCACACUCCUGAGAGGCUGGGCUCGGCUAGGGAGCCUGGGGGCCUUCCUUGUGGACCUUACCGUGACUAAUAUGCUAGUGGUCUUGUUGUCCCUGACAGCUGUCCCCAGGCCAGACUACCUAGUCACCACCAACCUGGGCUGUGGGGUCCUCGCCUUUGGUGCCAACGUCUGCUACUUCAAUGCCCAGUACCUUCAAGUGGUCAUGCUCUUUGCAUUCCUGCUGCCCAGUUCCCCAUCCUGUCUGCCUGUGGUGACCAAGUGGGUCCUGAGGCCAGCCCUGGUCCUGGGGGCCAUCUUGGGAUGCACCCUCUGCAGCUCCCUGGGGGUGGUGGCCCUGCUGGGUACCUCCGGAGAGCUGUAUACAACCACUCGGUGCCAGCUGGACCCACUGACCGCCUGGCCCGAGUACGAGGUGGUCAAGUUCAGCCUGGGCUUCGGGCUGACCCUCCUGCUGCAAUUGGUUUUUGGCAUCCUGCUCUUAGUCACUCAGGCCUGGCAGGGCACUGCUGCCCAGAGGGACACGGCCUUGGCCAUGCCUGUCGUGCUGGCCAUGGCGCUGACCAUGUCUGCCUGCCGGCUCUUCUACAACGUCCUAUUGCUUCACAGGGCCAGUCUGAAGCUGCAGGGGUCCCUCGGUUCACCGCGGGAUGAGCUCCUCAUGAACAUUGCCGAGCUGCUCCUGUUUGGGGAGAGCUGCGUGACGUCUUUGGAGACACUGCUUCUCUACCAGCCCUGUAGAAAGGCCCUGAGGAGGGCUCAGCAGAGACUUACCUGUAGGGGCUGCCAGAAGUCGGCCACUGGCAGCAUCUCCUCACCAGGAGCAGGGAGCCAGCUGACAGGCAGGCACGAGCCUCCCAGGGUUUAA